AUGCAGCCGCAGCAGCAGCCCGUGCCGACGCACAAACUCGUCUUGGCCGGCGCGUCGCCCGUAUUCCGAGCCAUGUUCAGCGCGGAGAUGCUCGAGACGCACGACAACGUCGUCAAGAUCGUCGAUAUACGUCGCGAGAUCGUCGUGGAGAUGCUGCGCUACAUCUACACGGGUUCGGUCCAGCAGACACCUCCACUGGAGUGCGAGGCUUACUGCGAACUUCUGGCAGCCGCCGACAAGUAUCAGAUCGAGCCGUUGAAGCAGGUCUGCGAGGAGAAGCUCGGCUCGUUGCUGAGCGUCGAGAAUUGCCUCAUGGUGCUGAACUACGCGGAGAAACACAAGGCACCGCAACUCAGGAUGGACGGCGUGUUGUACGCCAAGACACACAUGGCCGAGCUCGUGGAUUCCGAGCCGAUGAAGCAGCACGCCUCGCCCUUCGUACUCGACAUCAUGCGUUUGAAAAAUGACGACGAUUCAACACCGAGGUCGAGAGCUACUCGCAACGCGGGGACAAACUGCAGCGAGAGCAACCGAGCAGCAGCAGCCAGUAAUCAUAAGCGACGAGGAGACGGACUGGGCAGCGUUACGGGCCGAGUUGACGGAAUCGAUACAAUCUUUGCAGCGUCAAAUAAUGAGCAGAUGUUAAGAGACAAAGAGCGCUUUCUGAAACAACCGUGUCAUUUUGUGUCCUUCGAAUCCCACAACUGA